AUGGCACCACCGCGUAGAGGCAAACAGAAGGAUGAUCAGCCGGUCGUUUCGCUUGCCCCAGAAACCGAUGAAAAGCAAGACUUGUUUGGUGUAGCGCACAUUUUUGCGUCUUUCAACGACACCUUCGUGCAUAUCACCGACCUUUCCGGCCGUGAAACUAUCUGUCGAGUGACCGGUGGCAUGAAGGUAAAGGCCGAUCGGGAUGAAGCAUCUCCGUACGCUGCUAUGCUGGCAGCGCAGGACGUUGCAGAGCGCUGCAAGGCUCUGGGCAUCACUGCACUCCACAUCAAGUUGCGGGCUACCGGCGGAACGCGCACGAAGACACCGGGUCCCGGUGCUCAGUCUGCUCUCAGAGCACUCGCUCGAUCUGGCAUGAAAAUAGGACGCAUCGAAGACGUGACACCAAUACCGUCAGACAGUACGAGACGCAAGGGUGGACGACGUGGCAGAAGAUUGUAG